AGAGAGAGAGGGGAGAGAGAGAGAGAACCGAGACAGAGACACAACAAGACAUCGCUGUCUAAGGCUCUGCAUGCCUUGUUUGAUUAGUUUUCUCUCUCACACGCAUACCCAUUUCAGCAAAACCCACUGAAAUCAUCUUCUUCGGCUUAGUUUCUUACCCUGUUCUUCUCUCUGCUUUUUUUUUUCCGGGCUCCGAACCCGGAACCAAGGUAAGCUGGAGAAUGUACUCGGCUAUUCAUUCUCUACCGUUGGAUGGUGUUGUUGGUGGCCAUGGAGAUUUCCAGGGAUCUCUGGAUGGAACGAACUUGCCCGGUGAUGCUUGCUUGGUUCUAACCACGGAUCCGAAGCCCCGGCUCCGGUGGACUGGAGAGCUCCAUGAGAGAUUCGUCGACGCUGUGACCCAACUCGGUGGACCCGAUAAAGCGACACCGAAGACCAUUAUGAGAACGAUGGGAGUAAAAGGCCUUACCCUUUAUCACUUAAAAUCACAUCUUCAGAAAUAUCGAUUGGGCAAGCAAUCAGGCAAGGAUUCCACUGACAACUCUAAGGAUGUUGGAAUUACAGCUUCCUGCAUCGCAGAAAGUCAGGAUACUGGUUCAUCUUCAUCAUCAACUUCUAGAGUCAUAGCGCAAGAUGUAAAUGAUGGUUAUCAAGUUACUGAGGCAUUGCGAGUACAAAUGGAAGUUCAAAGAAGACUUCACGAGCAAUUGGAGGUGCAACGUCGUCUUCAACUUCGAAUAGAAGCACAAGGAAAAUACCUUCAGUCUAUACUCGAGAAAGCAUGUAGAGCUUUGAAUGAUCAAGCUGCUGUCUCUGCCGGGCUUGAGGCUGCAAGAGCUGAGCUUUCCGAACUAGCCAUUAAAGUCUCUAGUGACUGUCAAAAUAUAGAUCCAAAUGAGGCAAUAAAGAUGCCUACCUUGUCAGACAUUGCUCUAGAAAACAAAGCUGCUAACAGCAUGAUGACUCGUCUUGGCAACAUCUCUAUGGUCGAAGGCUGCUUGACAUCAACGGGAAACCCUGUUUCUCCAAUGAGUAUGAGUUUACAGGCUGCCAUGUUCAAGAAAAGACCGAGACCCUUCUAUGGCAAUGGAGAUCUCAUGCCCUUUGAGGGUAACACAAGGCAAGAAGAAGAAUGGAUGGGCAAUAUUGGAUGAAUCAGCUCUCUUUUAGCAAUGUAAGACUUUUUUUUUUCCUUUCUUUUUUCUUUGUUCUCCUACUUGUGUAGUUGAUCUAGAUGUACCAUCCUUAUAUGAUUUUGUACCAAAAGUGGUUUGUAUAUUGGGAAAGGUGGUCCUUUGAUGUGGAGGAACCUUUAAGCAAUUUAGAGUUGCUAGUUUUACACGCGUACUGGCCUUAGCAGAGCCAAAUAUGUUAUGGUUUUCUUUUUAGUUAUAUUGAUAAGUUUAUGAUUUCUCAAAAUGCUUAUCAAAUAAAUGUAUACUCAAA